AUGCCUCCUUGUCCUCACUGCGGCGAUGAGGCUAAUUCAAGCCACACACCACGCGUCCACCCUGCUGAAGUCUCAAUAAAACCGAAUGAAACCACUUGUUUCGUUAUCAAGCGAACGGCCAGUUACUCGUAUCCAUGCCCGUUCUGCCCAGAGAAGCACAAUCGAGAGAUCGACAUACGAGAUCAUAUCUCGAACCAUCACGCAGGCAGCCACUCUACGGACCGUCCCCACUCGCCAUCCCUCGUUAUGCCCUCUAGUUCCCCUUCGUCCUCGAAGCGAUCAAUUGACCUCGUUGAAGACCAAGCUGUAACGCCGAAACGAAUUCGCAUCCAUCCAACGUCCCCCGCAUCACUACCUAUCAUCUCCCCCCCAUCGUCUGUGCCCUAUGCCAUUUCUGAACCGCCGUCUGACUUUACACUUGUCCCUGAAACCCCCACUUCCGAUUUGCCUAUUAUAAAGGUCACGCAGCUCCCCCCAAGUACCCAGCAGCUUCCCCAUUCCACCCGCAAGCCCCGUCGGCGAGAAACCGCCAAAACAUUUACGUUGAAAGACGCCGGGAUCUAUUUCCAUUCGCCCACCCGGCUGUUAUUGUGCCUCGAAUGUAGCUCGGCGGUACCAGCCCAACAUCUGGCCACACAUAUCAACGAGUCUUGCCCUCAACGUAUCAGAUUCGACAUAGACCGCUUGGCCUCGGCAUUGCAGGAACUCGGAACCAAUCUUUCACCCCUCCUUCCCGAAGGAGGCUUCGACCGCCCCAUUCCUAUACUCCCCGUUCAACAAGGUUGGCGAUGUGCUACCCCUGGUCCCUGCUUUGGUCACGUAUUUGGAUCUAAAACCACCAAAAAUAUGCACCAGCAAGCAAUGCAUCCUCAACAGACGCCAAUAUUUGUCGAAACUAAAUGUCAACGAAUAUACAACCCUUGCAACUUCACUAAAUAUGUCGCAAUCAAUUCCACCGCACCUCCCGACGACUUUUUACCCCCCAAGAGUUCUUGGCGCGAUCUGAAGAAGCAACUGCAAGAUCAAGGCGCCCUCACGCUGGAAGAUCAUCGUCUAAUCACCCACACCCAACUCUCACCGUUAGAAAAUGUCACCAAAUGGCAUCUCACUCUCCCGGGAGCGCACCUUGGCUUUGCCCACACUUAUUCUCGUCCACCGGCACCAGAACUUGCUCCCUCAAACUUCCAUCGAAUCUUUGACGCAUUCAAGUACUACAUAGUCCACAUCGUGGCACCAGUCCUUGAGAAGAGGAGCAAUACUAUGCUACUCCGUCUCAUUAACUCUCCAGACAAAGGCAAUUGUGAACGAUAUCCCUUUCGACUACCGCAGAAUCAGAAGACCGUCCGCGACUAUGCGCAUAUCUUUUCCUGCAUGAUGACUUUCGUCGUUCGUGCCGCCGACAAGGCCAUCCCCGGCUUCCCCGUUACUACCACGGACUCGCAGCUAUACCUAAUAAGGCAAUUCCUGAAUUCGAAUAUCCCGGAGGACCUGGUCCACGCACCUCCUUCCUUUUGGGACCUAGUACAUCAAGUCUGUUGGUCCAUGCUCACAUCCAUCCCGGUCUCGAAUGAAUUUAACGAACUCGACAUUCCUUUGACACGUUUCUUGAUCGCCUACCACUUGCUAGACGACCUGUCCGCUAGAUUCAAAAUGGCAACCCACAUCUGCCACAACAUGAUCGCCAUUCAAUGGUGCUGGCGUGCUAUGGGGCUGUACCAAUGCAAAAAGCUUGCAUCCUCAAAGGACAACAGCGAGAUGGGUGUAUACGAGGACAUCUCCAAAUAUCUGACGGAGGGCGGCCACUCCCCCUUUGCUGUCCUUCGAUGCCACAUCCAUCCCAUCACCGCGAUCUCGAUGCAAGAGCCCAGCCUCCCUCUCUUCCUGAUGGGGGCAGACAUGGAGACUUUCUCCUUUAAAUCUCAUCCGUUCACUAUGUCCUCUUUCAAAGAUUUCGCAGUAGGCCUGGUCUCUUCAUCCGAGUCGCUGCUGCUAUCCCUUCUCGACGGACUCGAUAUUACGGACCUUGAUGCACGCAUCCACACUGCAUUGUCACUUGACAACAGCGACGGAUGGUUCAAAGACACACUACGAGACGAAGAACACGGAUAUUCCUUCCUCACCGAUGAAAGAAACGGGUUCUCGCGCUAUCAGGACUCGCUAAUGGACCACAUAUGCCGCAACGACAGCACUGUCUAUGCCGUCCAUACUCCUGACGGCAUCCAAUUCAAGCCCAACGCCCUGUUGUCCUUCAUCGACGACGUCGAUGACCUCGUCGAACACCUGUACGCCUCGUUGAACUUCACUUGGGCAGGAGCAGCGAGGGGGACGGAAAUAGAGGACAUACGUUAUAAAAACGGCCAUGCCCCUCGCAAUUUGUACUUCACCAACGGCGUUCUCACCUUUGUGACUUUCUAUAACAAAACCCAGCACAAUACCGGCCGUCCGUCGAUGAUUCCUCGCGCUGUCCCACCCCGCUUGGCACGCCUCUUUAUCAUCCUCCUCGCCGUCAUCUACCCCUGCACCCAGUACAUCGCCAACAUUCAGUCCACCAAAGCCCAUGCCGUCCUCUACAGCAGCUGCAUCUUUGUCCAUCGAGCUCGACCGCUCAACACCGAGCGGAUGACUGAUAUUUUGCGACGAUUCACUCAAGAAACCUUUAUAUUUCCCCUGGGCGUUCGCGACUGCCGACAUCUGAUGAAAUUCGUGUUGAAACACGCCGUUGGUUUGGCGCUGCAAGAGGACCCGGGGGACAGUCCGUCAUUGUAUCGAAUCCUCGAUGGACUCUGGGGACAUUCCUCCAAAGUCUCGCAAACAUAUUACGCAGUUGAGGAAGACACGUUCUCUCACAUUGAUGCGAAAGACGUCACCAAAGCACAGAUAUUCUCGCUAGCCUACCACGAAUGGCUCGGGAUUGGUUACGAGCACCUUCCCGCCAACCUUCGCAUUGGCCACGCAGAGCCAGCCAAAGCUCUAACUCAGGCUCCCGCAGGCAAAAUUGAUACCGCUGCAUUCGUCCAAUCCCUCCAUGCCACCAUUCCUAUGCUUGGUGACGCCCUCCAAGCCACCGUCUCCGAUGCCGUUCACACUUACAUGGCAAUGCACGCCAUUCAACCUCGUCCGCCUACACUCCGUUCUCUCCCCGUCUCCCCACCCUUUCGCGUCAUCGUCCAUCCGUCGCGCAAAGUGGCUUUGGAACGCCUCUACGGAACCUCGGAGCCUCGUUUUACUAGUCCCCAACAAGGUGAACUCUUUGAACUUGUCAUGCAGAACACCCGCCACGUCUUGGGCAUUCUGCCGACUGGCGGUGGAAAAAGCUUGAUGUUCUAUGGCCCCCCGCUGAUGGAAUCGGAGGGUAUAACCAUCGUAGUUAGCCCCUUCGUUGCCCUAGCGAAUCAGCAAUACCGAGAAGCCAAGCGGUAUGGCAUUGAUGUAGUUCAAUGGCCAUCAUCCACCAUCGACUGCUCAUCCGCACGGCUACUCGUCGUCAACGCGGAGCAUCUCAUCCAUGGACAACUGGACGACUGGCUCACAGCCGCAUCCAAACUCGGUCUCAUCAAGCGAAUCAUUUUUGAUGAAGCGCACGAAAUCCUCGUCUCCAGUAAUUAUCGUGAUUGCUACUCCAAGGUCCAAUCGCUCAUGGAUCUUGGCGUCACCAUUGUUUUCCUCACCGCCACCAUUUAUCGAUCGAGUAUUCCUGAGCUCGCAAAGGCGUUCAACAUUGAAAACUUGGAGGUUAUCGCUGCGCCCACGAUACGACCCAACAUACGUUACCAAGUGGAUACAUAUUCUGAUGAGCGGCUGAUCCUUGAACAUCUUACACAAGCAUACCGCGAGGCUGUUCAGCACGCUACCCCUCGUGAUCGUCUACUCAUCUACUGCCGCUCAUAUAACGAGUGCGAUCGCGUCGCCGCCGCCUUGCGCCUACCGGUACACAAGGCGAAAUAUACAAAUGAUCCGGCAGCCGAUGCUGACACCAGACACCGAGUUGAACAAGAUUGGCUAACGGGGGUCACACAAGGCCUCGUCGCGACCACGGGCUUUGGCACUGGUAUCAACUACCCUUACGUCAACCACGUCUUCGUCCUCAAUCCCUACGACAUGAUCAGCGUCACUCAACAAACUGGCCGCUUAGGUAGAACGGGAGAAGUUACAUUCGCGAGGAUCAUAGGACAAACUAGCAGGUAUCGCAAAGCACCCGCCAUCACAGGGGUCGAUCAUGCCGGGAAACACCAACUCUACCAAUUGUUCACGACGAAUACUUGCAGAAGGCUUUCUCUCGGUAGUUUCGACGACGAGUCCCAUUCGUGCCACUCAGUGCCAGGUUGCACCCCAUGCGACUAUUGCGACACUCUUGAGAACCUUCCACCCGUCCCCCCUCGUUAUACAUAUCCGCUACGCGACACGCGUUUGUCACGCGAACAAGUCACGUGUGAAUCAGGGGGUCAGAUCACGAGCGAGUCAGGGGGUCAGAUCACGAGCGAGUCAGGGGGUCAGAUCACGAGCGAGUCACGGGGUCAGAUCACGAGCGAGUCAAGUGAUCCGGUCACGGGUUCCAACUCGAUGAUUUUUGACAAGUCCACACGACCUGCCGUCCAUGCCUAUCAUGACAUUGGAGAUCACUAUCACAAUCAUCUCUCCACGCCAACGUUCUUUGACAAGCAUGUUGCUCGCUCCGUGUCUCCGCCGCUCCCUUCAACACCUCGACCGCACUCCCACCAUGAAGCCCUAGCAUUGAACAAACAGGAAGGUGUUGCCAAACGUGAUUUGGCACAGGUCCGCUCGCAGUCAUUCAAGCGCCUUGUCGACAUGCGAGACAGGUGUCUAACGUGUCAAGUUUUCGGCCGAACUCCCUGUGGUACCGAAGACGGCUUCCGAUGCCCCGUAGGUAUAUACGGAUACAGAUGUCAAUACAUGCUGGACGGCGAACCGUUGCCGACACUCUACGGGGACGUUUACAAGAUGGCACUCAGGAAUUUCGACAAGACCUGCCGCGUAUGCUGGAUCUGUUAUUUUCCUUUCUCGUACAAAACGCACACCAAAGACGAUGACAUUUGCAAAAUGCAGAAAGACGUCCUCAGCCCCAUCGCAUGGGCAUUAUUCUGCCUUCCCAUUGUGCUGUCACCGUCCGUAGCCCAUGGGUUACAAGACAAGCUAUUGCACACCGCCGGCAUUACAACUCCCAUCUUCCAAUCCCUCGAAACAUAUUUGCAGUGGCUUGUUAAGCCCCACCCGACUGUCCAGAACUCUGCAAAUCUCGUAGAAUUAUGUAUUGCCUUUGAACAGCUGUAUCAUGCUAAGGACUGGCCGUAG